GAGGACGUGAUGUUUACAUAAACCCUGGGUCAUACAUAUCUUUGAUCUUUGGCUGUGGGCCGGAGCGGAACCUUGUUUGCAACCAGUGUGAGAAUCGGGGCGCUUAUCAGAGAAGUGCUGCGUUUCAAGCAAUCAGGCUGCCCAGCUAGCUGCCCUUCCAAAUCCGAACAACAAACCAUGUCUGCAGGCUAUAUGCCUCUCCCUCAGACCAGCACCCAAGCACUACACGACGACCGUAAUGAUUGUUCGUCUGACGCCGACGAAGCAUCAGUAUAUGAACCCCUAGUCCGUUCAGUCCUCGCUCCAGAGCAGGACGCACAUGCUGGCGUCAGGAAAGUCGAGGCUGCACAGCGUGUAUAUGGCCGUUACUCCCGUUGGUGUCUCUUCGUCGGUCUUGGACUUGCGUCAUAUAUAUACUCCCUUGACGCAUCGACAACUUAUGCAUACCUUACAUUCGCUACUUCAUAUUUCGGCGAGCACAGCCUUAUCAGUUCGAUCACCGUCGCCCAGUCGCUCAUUGUUGCUGUUGGUAAACCUGUAAUCGCUAAAGUCGCAGACGUCUCUUCGCGAGGCACCGCUUAUGUUAGUGUGUUGAUCUUUUACGUUCUCGGCUAUACCGUAAUAGCUUCUGCCCCUAAUGUUAGUGCCAUAGCUGGGGGCAUUGUACUGUACGCCGUUGGAUACACCGGAUUGCAACUACUCACACAGAUUAUCAUCGCUGACAUCACCACCCUCGCAUGGCGUGGACUUGUCGUCUCCCUCGUCUCAGCACCAUUCCUAAUCAAUGCAUUUAUCGGCUCAAUCAUAUCCUCUGCAGUCCUCAAGAGUAUUGGUUGGAGAUGGGGCUAUGGCAUGUUUGCCAUCCUUGUCCCUGUCUCCCUUGCGCCCCUUAUUAUCACUCUUCUGUGGGCAGAACGUAGGGCCAAAAAGCUUGAUAUUCUCGACUCCUCAAAAUCACGCAGUCGUAGCAACUCAAGACAGCCAAGCCUCCCAGAUAGUUCUGGAUCCAUGAUGGCUCACUUCCUUCGGUCCGCUGAACAGCUUGACCUAGUCGGACUCGUCCUUCUCGGGCUCGCAGUUUCACUGACCUUACUUCCAUUGACAAUUAGUCGGACUGGGGCAGGAUACUGGAAGAAUGGCUCGAUCAUUGCAAUGCUUGUCAUGGGAGUUGUGCUUCUUGCCGUGUUCGCAGUCUGGGAUCUACGUUACGCUAGUAGGCCCGUGAUCGCUCCGCGGUUUGUCAGGAAUAGAAGUGUUGUAUGUGCGGCGUUCAUCGGCUUUUUUGACUUCAUGUCAUACUACCUCACGUAUACGUAUCUGUAUUCAUUUGUCCUAGUAGUGAAACCUUGGUCCCUCGUAAACGCGACGUACUUCAUUCAAAUCCAAUCUGUUGCACUGACAUUCUUUGGCAUUCUUGCGGGUAUCAGUAUGCGUUUCCUCCAUCGCUACAAGUAUGUACUCGUCAUCGGACUCGUGAUCCGUCUAGCGGGUGUUGCAUUGAUGAUCCAUUCGCGUGGUGGCAAUGCCUCAGAUGCUGAGCUCGUAUGGACCCAAAUCCUUCAAGGUUUCGGCGGAGGUUUUGCCGCUGUCUCUUCACAAGUAGGAGCACAAGCAUCCGUGUCUCACGCAGACGUGGCGAUCAUCACGGCGGUCGUCCUCCUAGUGACUGAGAUCGGGGGCGCAGUUGGGAACGCAUGCGCCGGUGCGAUUUGGUCGAACACAAUGCCAUUCAACCUAGAGAAGUAUCUGCCAUGGUUGACCAACGAGGAGCGCGCAGAGCUAUAUGGGAGUAUAAAGUUAGCAGCGUCUUAUCCGCUUGGCCAUCCCGUACGUGAGGGCGUCAUCAGCGCUUACGACGACACGAUGAGGAUCAUGGUAAUCGCAGCCACCGUAUUGAGCGUGGUGCCUAUUUUGCUCGCCCUCGUCAUGCCGAACUGGUACUUGGGGGACAAGCAGAAUGCGAUUGAUGCUGUUGAUCUUACUGGAAGGUCGGAGCUCGAAGAUGACGUUGAGGAUGAGGAAGAGUUGUAGUCUUAGAUUUGUUGGGUAAGAAUAUUCUCAGUACUUUUAUCAUAUGCAGGUGAUUGUCGUUGCACGGCUCUACUCACUCCUGAUUAUUCUUUCUGCUUCUAUAUAUCGUAGUCGUCUACAUAACAUCGUACAUGGGUUUACUGUUAGAGAGAGAUGUUUAUGUUAGGAAUGUUACCUUCGAACUUCAGAAUUCUCCGACUUCGGGACAGUGGGUUCAAACGAAAAUUGUCUGCAAACAAUACCUGCGAACUUCUUUCCCAAUUUGGCAUUUUUCG